AUGUUCAGUGCUACUUGUACAGUCCUAAGAAACAUAAUUAAUGAUAGAAGCAAAUCGAAUCAACGAGUUGAGGCAGAUGGAGUUUAUGAUUCCAUUAUAUUUUUUGAGUUUGUCUUCAUCUUACAUCUUAUGAGAGAUAUCAUGGAGAUUACUGAUGAUCUGUGCAAAGCUUUGCAAAGUAAAUCUCAAGAUAUAUUAAAUGCAAUGCAUUUGGUGUCUACAACGAAGAUACUUAUUCAAAAAUUUAGAAAAGAUGGAUGGGUUCCAUUGUUGGAGAAAAUUAAAUUAUUUUCUAAUGAUCAUUGUACACAGAUUCCUAAUAUGAGUUGUCCUUAUAAAGGAGGCCGAGAUCAGUCUCAUUCUGAAAGAGAUCAACUCACCAUGGAACAUCAUUUUCGAGUCGAUAUUUUUAUGGUUACAGUUGAUUCUCAGUUACAAGAAUUAAACAAUAGGUUUAAGGAAGAUGUAAUGAAAUUGCUUGUUCUUAGCUCAGCUUUGGAUCCUAGGGAUGGUUAUAGAUCAUUCAAAAUUGAGGAUAUUUGUAAACUUGUAAAUAAAUUUUAUCCCAUGGAUUUCUCCGAGCAAAAAAAAUUACAUUUGAAAUAUCAGUUGGAAAACUAUAAGCUUGAUAUUUCUAUGCUUCCCGAGUUUCAGAAGCUGUCAACCAUUUCUGAGUUGUGUCAAAUGUUGGCAAAAACAAAAAAGUCGACAAGUUAUCCUCUUAUUGAUAGAUUGAUCCGCCUUGUGUUGACUUUACCUGUUUCAACUGCUACAUCAGAAUGUGCAUUUUCAGCUAUGAAACUCAUUAAGUCUAAAUUGCUCAAUAGGAUAGAAGAUGGUUUUCUGGCUAAUUACUUGAUUACGUACAUUUAA